GGGGCUCGAUGAACAAUAAUAAAUCGUAUUGCGUGGCCAAAGUAGUAUAAAUCAGAGACAAUUGGUUUGAUUUCUGUUGGAAAACGUUAGACAAUAUUAGACGGAUACGUUACUUCUGUUAAUGUGACUAAUUUGCUACUGUUAUAAGCGUUUUCUGUCAACAGAAGGAAAUGACCACGGCGUUUUAAUGUCGCAGUUAGGUGGGGAGCGACGGAGCGUCAGGCAGAUGACUUGAGGUGUAAGUUUCUCAAAGUGUAUCGUGAACCUGUUGGGAUGUUUAUUUCGACGCAAGAUGAACAUCAAGCCUUGAAGAACAAUCACGCUCAACAUUUGUAUAUCGAUGACAUGGAAUAUUCACGUGGAAAUUGAGCGAGAGAUUACAUUUGGAUUGAGGUCUUUGAGGCAGUAAUUGGAAAACCAAGAACACCCCCCCCCCCAUAUCAUUACUGCCCUCUCCGUGACUCGCUAGUCCCACAAUGGAUUCCUUCUCAAGGCCCAGCGGCGAGAUUCAGCGCAAGAACCCACAGCACGACUUCGAACUCAUUCAGAGAGUUGGGAGCGGGACGUAUGGAGACGUGUAUAAGGCUCGUAACAUCUCCACAGGGGAGCUAGCAGCUGUAAAGAUCAUUAAAUUGGAGCCAGGAGAUGAUUUCUCAAUAAUCCAGCAAGAAAUUUUCAUGGUGAAAGAAUGCACUCAUCACAACAUAGUCGCCUACUAUGGCAGCUACCUCUGUCGUGAGAAAUUGUGGAUCUGUAUGGAGUACUGUGGGGGGGGGUCACUACAGGACAUCUACCAUGUUACAGGUCCUCUGUCUGAACAGCAGAUUGCUUAUGUGUGCAGAGAAACAUUGCAGGGUUUGGGCUAUCUCCACUCCAAAGGAAAGAUGCACAGAGAUAUCAAGGGAGCAAAUAUUUUGCUCACUGACAAUGGAGAUAUCAAAUUAGCUGACUUUGGAGUAGCAGCCAAAAUAACUGCGACUAUUGCCAAGAGGAAGUCCUUUAUUGGCACCCCCUACUGGAUGGCACCUGAAGUGGCUGCAGUAGAGAAGAAUGGAGGUUACAAUCAGUUGUGUGAUAUCUGGGCUGUAGGAAUUACAUCAAUAGAACUUGCAGAAUUGCAGCCACCCAUGUUUGACCUCCACCCAAUGAGGGCUUUAUUCCUAAUGUCCAAAAGCAGUUUCCAGCCACCAAAAUUAAAGGACAAGAUUAAAUGGUCAACGGCCUUUCACAACUUUGUUAAAGUUGCACUCACCAAGAACCCCAAAAAGAGACCUACAGCAGAAAAACUGCUCACGCAUGUGUUUGUAGGUCAGACAGGUUUGACACGUAGACUUGCUGUGGAACUUCUGGAUAAGAUGAAUAACCCAGACAACCCUCCUCACUAUAGCGAAGGAGAUGAAGAUGACCUGGAGCCUGUGGCUGAACGUCACACCAUCCGUUCAACACAGAACAAGAAUGCUCGAGCUGAGAGAACUCGCUCAGAGAUCAACUUUGAUAAACUGCAGUUUGAGCCUCCAAUGAGGAAGGAAACAGAAGCACACUCAGAAAUGGAUAUGACCAAGGAGAGUGAGUUCCCCUCCCAGUGGAGCCCAUUUGUAGAAGGAGGCAUCUCUAACAGGGGACAUAUGGCUCCACUGGAGGAUGCCUUUGAGGAUGUAGAGAUUUCUACUCUGAAACAGGGAGCACCUCCACCUCUGCCUCCUAAGCCACGGCUAAACAGUGCAUCUGAUGAGCUGGGUGAUGGCUGUUCAACGGUAAAGAGGUUUCCAGACAAUGGGCCAGCACCAGGGCACAGACAGAGCACACCAGAGAGAGGCAACAGAACUGAACACACCGGAGCAGACUACCUCUCUGCUAGCGUGAGCAGCCCUGGACUACACUCACAGUCUAUUGAACAUGUAGAGAACUCGGAAUACACUAUAAACGGGGACACACCAAAAUCACCUCCCAGCCGUCUACAGAGGAAGGAAAGGAAAGAUUUCCCUAAAUCAGCAAUAAAUGGCCUACCACCCACCCCUAAAGUCCUGAUGGGAGCAUGUUUCUCUAAAGUGUUUGAUGGCUGUCCUCUUAAAAUCAACUGUGCGACUUCAUGGAUCCACCCAGAUAGUAAAGAUCAGUACUUGAUCUUUGGGACAGAGGAUGGGAUCUACACUCUGAACCUUAAUGAGUUACAUGAAGCCACCAUGGAGCAGUUGUUUCCACGGAGAUGUACAUGGCUGUACGUCAUAAAUAAUAACCUCAUGUCAUUAUCAGAAGGGAAAACCUUCCAGUUGUAUUCUCACAAUCUGAUUGGCCUGUUCGAGCAGCUCAAAAAACCUGGACUUGCUGCACAGUUCCAAACACACAGAUUCCCUGACAAGAUACUGCCCAGAAGAUUUGCCCUGACCACCAAAAUCCCUGACACAAAGGGCUGUCACAAGUGCUGCAUCGUGCGUAACCCGUAUACAGGUCAUAAGUACCUGUGUGGAGCACUGCAGUAUGGCAUCGUUCUGCUACAGUGGUACGAACCCAUGCAGAGGUUCAUGCUUAUAAAGCACUUUGAUUUUCCCUUGCCAAGUCCUCUGCGUGUGUUUGAGAUGUUGGUCGUGCCAGAGCAGGAGUACCCCUUGGUGUGUGUGGCCGUCAGUCACGGUACUGACCCAGGCCAGGUCGUCCGCUUUGAAACCAUCAACCUCAACUCCUGUUCCUCCUGGUUUACUGAGAUUGGCUCAGCUGGUAAUCAUGUUGAUGCUAUUCAUGUCACUCAGUUGGAGAGGGACACUGUGCUUGUCUGCCUGGAUAAAAAUCUGAAGAUUGUGAAUCUGCAAGGAAAGCUGAAGUCUAAUAAGAAAUUGGCUUCUGAGCUCAGUUUUGACUUCUGUAUUGGUUCUGUGGUGUGUCUUCAGGACAGUGUUCUGGCAUUCUGGAAACAUGGGAUGCAGGGAAAGAGCUUCAAGUCUAAUGAGGUAACACAGGAGAUUUGUGACCCGAGCAGAGUAUUCCGUCUACUGGGAUCUGACAGGGUGGUGGUUUUGGAGAGCAGGCCCACUGAUAACCCCACGGCUCUCAGCAACCUUUACAUCCUGGCGGGCCAUGAGAACAGUUACUAGCCCUUGCAUAUGCUGAUGCUGCUUCCUGUCUGCAGUGGCCAUUAUGGAUCCAGAGCUACCUGACUCUUUCUUCUGGCAGUAUGUUUGAUGAGCAGUGCAGCUUUUGUUGCUAAAGACAAGGUCUAAGAGCAAAGGGACUAGGAUGCUCCAGAUAGUGUCAUCUCAAAUCUCUGAAUGGGUCUAUGAAGCAGCUGCAGGCCAUACAUUCUCCUGCCUACGUUACAGCCUAAAUGGGCAUAUAGAGUCGCAAGAGUCUAACAGCCAUUGAGAUUCCCGCAAAUGUAAUAAACAAGCAGAUCUCCCCGCAAGGCUUUUCAGCAAUAGAAAUAUUAAACAGCAAUACUGCAGAAAAAUGUUUCUAUAAAGUGCCUUUUUGAGGGGAUUGUUAGGCAUGCUUCAUUGGACUAUUGAAGAAAUGUCCUCUGAUGUCUCAGUAUGCAAAUAACUUGUCUUCAAACCAGACUUUAGUAUCUUAAUUCUGUUCUAGGACCAGAAUUAGAUUUUAGAUCUCUUAUUUGUGAAUAUAUAGCAGACAGAGGAUAAUCUAAGGAGAUAGUAAAUUUGUAAAAAAAAAUCAUUUGUUUUUUGGCAUGUUGGCUAUUUAAAGUGUAAUUUAUUGAUCUGUAGCCACGUGUUCUACUUUUAAAGGCAAUAUUUUUCUCCCUGUGACACUGCAUGGUUACACCCACAUUUUAUUAUGUAUUGUUCCUCUUUAUCUCCUGCUUGGUUACAUUUUAGAAAGCAGUUAUGUAAAAUGGUAUCCUUUUUAUUGUAACUUUUAUUCAAUAUUUGCACCAUGUAAGCACUUUUGUACAUUGUUUUUGUAUUUAAGAAAGGUAGACAAAAUAUGGGACAUGCUAGGUUUUUAUAACUUGCUGAGAAAUUCCAUAGCUUCAGUUCUAAUGUAUGCUGUUUUUGUAAUAAAACAUUAACAAGA